UUUUGACGCACGCUGACUGAAGUCUGAACUGACGCUUGACGUUAUACAAAGAAAACAAAAAAAUAAAAAACGCGAACACAGCUGUAGCAUUAUUUUAAUUUUGUUUGAAUAUUAAAUCGUAAUUUAAAUAAUACAAGAUGAACGAGAUUGACGAUAAAUUUUAUUACGUGUAUAGUUCGUCGUUGGAUCACAAAGUACAGAUAAAGAUUGGCACCCUAGAAGGAAAGCGAGCCAAGCCAGAAUAUGACCAGCUACUCACAGACCCUAUGCUCAAGUUCUCUGGCCUCUGCCAGGAAGGGUGCUCCGACUUAUAUGUGACAUGCCAGAUACUCAGCGACAAUCAACCCCUGGCGCUGCCCGUCACCACUUCUUACAAGUCCUUCACUAAUAGAUGGAAUUGGAAUGAAUGGGUGACUCUGCCGGUGUUCUUCAGUGAUCUGCCUCGCAACGCCACCCUAGCCAUGACGAUAUACGACUGCGCUGGACCAGGGAAGGUGAUGGUGGUCGGUGGAACCACCAUAUCACUGUUUGGGAAGCACGGCAUGUUGAGACAGGGUAUGUUUGACCUUCGCGUGUGGCCCGGCGUGGAGGGCAGUGAGAAGACUCCUGGCAAAGCCCCCGACCGGGGCAAGGAACAGAUGCAGCGGUUGGCUAAACUCGCGAAGAAACAUCGAAAUGGACAAAUUCCUAAGGUGGAUUGGCUGGACAGAUUAACGUUUAGAGAGAUUGAAAUGAUCAAUGAGAAGGAAAAAAGGAGCUCCGAUUACAUGUACCUCAUGAUUGAGUUUCCUACCGUGCAAAUUGAGGGGAUUAAUCAUGCGAUUGUGUACUACGAGCAAGAUGGUGAUGAGAUGUAUCAGUUCAGGGCGCAGGCAGAUAUUGUUACCGUACCAGAUUACGAGAUCCUACAGGAGAAUUUGGUAGAGGCGAAACAGCAUCGCCUGGCCCGGUCGCUGCGGCCGGGCGUGUCGCGGCGCGACAGCAAGCCGUCGGCGGCCGAGCGCGACCAGCUCGCCGCGCUCGUCGCCGCGCCCCCGGCCCGGACACUCACCGCCAACGACCAGGACCUGCUCUGGAAGUUCCGAUUCUACUUAUCUUCGCAUCGUAGAGCGCUCACGAAGUUUCUGGAAUGCGUCAACUGGAACCGACCCGGGGAAGUGCGCCAAGCGCUGUCUAUGAUGAAGCAAUGGGCGCCGAUGGAUGUCGAAGAUGCGCUCGAGUUGUUGACGCCCAAGUUCACACAUCCCGCUGUGAGGAAGUACGCAAUCUCUCGUCUAAAGCAGGCACCUGAUGAUGAUCUACUGUUGUACCUCUUGCAACUAGUACAAGCACUCAAGUAUGAAGACUUUAUGGAAAUACAUGACGAGUACGCCCGGACAUGCGGCAAGGAGUCGGUGGAGUUGGAGCGCGAGGGCCGCGAGGGCCGCGAGCGACUCAUGCACAGCGCGCAUCGAGCUAGCCAACACAGUCUACUCGCCGCCUCCGUCCUGACAGUGAGCGACAUGACGUCGUCCAUAACGAGUCGUCGGUCGACGGACGGCGUGGAAGACGCGCCGCCCGCGCUCGACAACAGUGUCAACGGGAACAACAACUCUACCGCUGAUAAUAAUAAUGCCUUCAGUGAGCAAACAGACCCGACAGAGGAGCGUCUCUCCCUGGCAUCGUUCCUGAUCUCCCGCGCGUGCAACAACAGCGUGGUGGCCAACUACCUGUACUGGUACCUGCUCAUCGAGUGCGAGGACCAGGACCAGGCCCGGGACCAGGCCGCCCGCUCCAUGUACCUCGCCGUCAUGAGGACAUUCAGCCAUCGGUUGGCUAAAGGCACGGCGGAGCAGCAACGCACGCGUUCGUUCCUGGCGCGGCAGCAGGUGUUCAUCGACAAGUUGGUGCGGCUGGUCCGCUGCAUCGCGCGGGAGAGCGGCUCGCGCGGGAAGAAGGCCGAGCGCCUGCAGCAGCUGCUGGCCGACCCCGACGCCUUCAAGUACAACUUCACCAACUUCGAGCCCAUGCCCUUCCCGCUCGACCCCAAUGUUACUAUUAAAGGAAUAGUAGCCAAAAAAGCGAGUCUCUUCAAAUCAGCAUUAAUGCCAUCAAAACUAACAUUUUUGACGACGGAAGGAAUGGAAUACGAAGCAAUAUUCAAGCAUGGAGACGAUCUCAGACAGGACCAACUUAUACUGCAAAUGAUCACUUUAAUGGACAAGUUACUAAGGCGAGAAAACUUAGACUUAAAAUUGACGCCAUACAAAGUCUUAGCGACGAGUUCAAAACAUGGAUUUCUACAAUUCAUUGAGUCGGUGACUGUAGCUGAAGCCUUGGCUACUGAGGGCAGUAUUCAGAAUUUCUUUAGAAAACAUAAUCCGUGUGAGGGCGCCCCCUACGGUAUAAAGCCGGAAACUAUGGACACGUAUAUCAGAAGCUGCGCUGGUUACUGUGUUAUUACUUAUUUACUUGGCGUAGGCGACCGUCACUUAGACAACCUGCUACUGACCCGUAGCGGAGCCCUGUUCCACAUAGACUUCGGGUACAUCCUGGGCCGCGACCCGAAGCCGCUGCCGCCGCCCAUGAAGCUCAGCAAGGAGAUGGUGGAGGCCAUGGGGGGCGUGCACUCGGAACAUUAUCACGAGUUCCGGAAACAGUGCUACACUGCAUUCCUACAUCUGCGCAGACACGCGAACCUGAUGCUGAACUUGUUCUCGCUGAUGGUGGACGCGUCAGUGCCGGACAUCGCGUUGGAACCUGACAAGGCGGUCAAGAAAGUACAGGACAAACUAAGGCUGGACCUUGGCGACGAGGAGGCAGUACACUACUUACAAAACCUACUGGACAUGUCUGUGACGGCGGUCAUGGCCGUACUAGUCGAACAGUUCCACAAAUUCGCGCAGUAUUGGAGGAAGUAGGCCAAACUCGUUACACAGCGCUUUGCUAGUCACAAGGGAACUAAACUCUAGACUCUAGAUGGUAAAGAAGGAAACAUUUUAAGAGAAUAGCAUGGUUUUAGUACCAAAAUGUUUUCGUCAAAUAGACCAGUGGUUACCAACCUUUCUUUGACAUAGGCCCUACAAUGUACUCUCAUAUUGAUUUUGAAUGUUCAACUUUGAGUUAAGAAACUUCAUCAUAACAUUAACCCGUUGUCUGUCGGAACGCAGAUCUACGCGAGACACAAUGUGUUUUCUAUUGUGUCUUAUAUACCGACAUACAAGUGGUUAAAAAUCACAAAAAAUGUCUUCCUAUUAUAAUUGUAUCGGUUCUUUAGUAAAGCUAGUUGCCUUCAAAUAAUUGACAUUAUGUAAUUUCGACAGUUGUAGGAUUCUUCUACUUAUUUGGGACCAGGAGGUUCGUAAGAUUUUAGUUCCUGCGACCAAAGCGCGGUUCUCAUUAUAGACUAAUUGGCUAUUUAUAUGCUGACUUAAAUAAUUUUGUAUCAAUAUUUUAUAAUGUGUCUAAUAGGUAAUUUUAAUGUGUGAAAAAUUGCUUUUGUAUAAUCAUUUUAAAUAAUGUUCCAAGAAAAGACAAUGAAAGCUUAUGUAUCAGAGUAUAUUCAUCACAUUUAAUCAUAAAUAUUUCAACCAUUUUCAAGCUUUUUUAUAUGACUAUGAUAAUUGGUUCGCACAGAAAAAAUGGUCGAACAAUAUUCUGUGAUAAAAUAGGUAUUAUAAGUGUUCAUUAAUAUUUUAAUAAAAAGGACUAUUUUAAUAAAA